GUUUAUACACCGAAUUACGUACUUGCUAUAUGAAAGAACGAAAUAGACCUCCUUAAGUUCAUGGCUUGCAGUCGGAUGAUGUCUAACCUUAAAAAAAUUGGAGGUUAAAUGAGAACGUGCCCCUCGAAAGUGCCAGAUGGAAACAAUAUGGAGUAGUUAUGAUUUUUUUCUCUAAAUUUCGUAAACCCGAUCGGCAUUAGGUAUUCCAUCAUAAUGUAGGGUGGUAAUCGAAUGUCGGGCAGAAGAUGUCAAGCUUUUUGUGCCGGGUUAUAACGGCCGUUCUACCGUUACCGUUUCAACACUGCCUGUAAGGUUAGGUUCGCGGUGUCGCUUGUAGGUCUUUUUUGAAUUAGUCCUGUAUAUGAAUUUCAUAAUUUUAAGAAUUUUCGAGAGAUUAAAUAAGGUAACCGCGAUCGUCGAAGAUGGAUGAAUAGGGAAGUAGUCCUGGCACGAUGUCUCUCGUGGAAUCGUACCAAGACCGCCAAGAGAACGAAAUCGAAGUAUUGAAGUCAAUAUUUGGAGACGAGUUGCGCGAUUUAAGGAAAACCAAGCAACGAAAGAAAUGGCAGCCCUUGGACAUUGUUAUAACUUUGACACCUCAGCAAGGCAUGUCAGGCCCAGCACAGGUUUAUGCACAAUUGGAUUUACACAUCACGUGUGGAGAGAAAUAUCCGGAAGAAGUACCUGGCAUAAAGCUUCAAAACAGCCAAGGACUGUCGAAUCAACAGAUAGCCACCUUAUUUUCGGAACUUGAGCACCUGGCCGAACAGCUUAAAGGAGAAGUAAUGAUUUUAGAAUUAGCUCAACACAUACAGAAGUUUUUACACGAGCAUAAUAAGCCAGGGUACAGUAGUUUCUACGAGGAAAUGGUCUCUCGCCAUCAAGAACGAAUCCUUUCUGAGAUGCAAGAGAAACAAUUGAAAGAGGAUAAAGAGCGACAGGUACUGCAAGACGAGAUCCUGAAACGUCAGGAAGCUCUUAAGGCAGAAAUUCGAAAUCGCAGAGAACAGACACGCUUAUCUCUGGAGUCAGAUGCUCUGCCUCAUUCGAUACCCUCGUCACCUCACGAACGUGUACGGUUGUAUUCGAGACGUAGAUGCGUCAGUACAUCCGAGAGCUCCGAAGGGUCAUUGUGCGAACACAGAGGCACGAAAUUGCUACACUUUGACAACAGCAGGGGAGAAAGACAGGUGCACCGGGGAAAGUGUUUAGGGCAUAGUACAAAGGGCUCGGUAGUUUACGCCGGCCUGGACAUGACAACUGGCGAGAUUCUGGCAAUAACGGAGUGGACAUUGAAGUGCGGUUCCUCCAGUGACUCUCGUGGAACCUCCGGAACCACCAAUUUGCAGCACUCCAUGAAGCAGAUUGCCAGCAUCGAGCAGGAACUUAAUCAUUUAUAUAAGUUACAUCAUCCAAAUUUAGUACACUAUUUAAAUAUGAAGUAUUUCCAAGAUAAGAGUAAUAUACUGAUCUACAUACUGCAGGAAUUUGUGAUCGGGACGACGUGUUCCUAUUUUCUCGCUGAGAAUAUCCCCCUUAACGUGGACAUGUUGCGACAUCUGGCAAGUGGAGUUCUCGUAGCUCUGCAAUACCUGCACGAAAACAACGUCGUGCAUAAAGAUUUGCGUGACACCAGUGUGCACAUUGAUUACUCCGGAAUGGUCAAACUUUCGGAUUACUCGUUAGAUAAGAGACUAUCCGACGUUUACCGCGUUAAUUGUUCGGCCAAGGCAGACCAUGAUAUUUCAACGAGCCAUAGCAGAGGUGGGAAAAAGAUGGACAUCUAUAAAUUUGGAGUGCUACUACUGUCAUUGAUAAAGGGUACGAAUGUCUCGGAGCAAAACUUGGACUUGGGAGCGAUCCAACAGCCAGAUUUGAGAGAUUUCCUGUCAAAGUGUCUCGUCGACGAUGAACGUAUGCGAUGGUCGGCGGAGCAGCUGCAACAGCACUUUUUCAUUCGUACUCCACUGGAGUGCGGAGUGUCACCUCCAAGACUGAACCACGAUAUGGAGCAGUGCAUUUCUGAGCCGGAGGAGCCAGCUUCGGAUAUUCAGUUUUAUCUUCCGGCUUUAGGUGGCCAUUCGCGAAUCCAGAACGAAUUUGAAGUGCUUAAGUGGCUUGGUAAAGGGGCAUUCGGUGAUGUUCUGAAAGUGAGAAAUAAACUUGACGGUGGGGUAUACGCCAUUAAGCGGAUCGAGCUUAACCCAAAGAACAAGCAGUUGAACAGGAAGAUAACGCGGGAGGUGAAACUGCUCUCUAGAUUAAACCAUGAGAACGUUGUGCGUUACUUUAAUUCCUGGAUCGAGAGUGCUAUGCUGGAUGACUCUGGGAGGUACGAUCGACUGACCCCAGCUGUCACUCCUUCCGGUAAGACUGAGCUACACAGACUGGAAGAUGUUGACUUGGAGAGUGGCGACAUAGAAAGAUUGGCCCCACCGGUCCACGAUGUGGAGUGGAACAUUUCCUACGAGUCUCGGGCCAGUGCAGUUUUGUCUGCAGACAGCGAAGAGGACAAUAGCGAUGGUUCCAGUGACACGGACAGCGACGAAGACUGGGCGUUUAUAAUGCGAACAAGGGCCGACUCGUCGGAUAGCGUGGAGUUCGAGAAGGACGAUACCUCUCGGACGUCUGACUCUCUUCGAGACUCCAAAGAAGUGUUGGCCAAGCCCAGCACCGAUGCCGAAAACUCGAGGACUAAAGAGAUACAGUUCAUGUACAUACAAAUGGAAUUUUGUGAGAAAAGCACUCUGAGAACUGCGAUAGACAAUGGUUUGUACGAAGACGAAGAGCGUAUGUGGCGGUUGUUUCGCGAAAUGGUUGAAGGUCUAGCCCAUAUACAUCAACAGGGAAUGAUACACAGGGACUUAAAGCCAGUUAAUAUAUUCUUGGACAGUAACGAUCACGUCAAGAUCGGAGACUUUGGACUGGCCACCACCAACAUUCUGUCCACCCUGGCACAGACUGUGGACACCGAUAAAGAGUUUCAACUGAUCGAUAAAGGUGGAAGCUACGACCUGGACGAUUUGGAAAAAGGCUCGUUAACCGGCCAAGUCGGGACCGCGCUUUACGUUGCUCCCGAAUUAAGCGCGAAAACCGCCAAAGCUAUCUACAACCAGAAAGUUGACAUCUACAGUCUCGGUAUUAUCCUCUUUGAAAUGUGCUACAAGCCCCUCGCGACUGGCAUGGAGAGAGUCAAAGUCAUUUUGAACUUGCGCUCAAAGGAAAUCGUUCUACCUCGAGAGAUGGACGAGACUAACAUGCCGCAUCAGAUCCAUCUUCUACGCUGGCUGUUGAAUCACGACCCGAGCCAGCGACCCACCUCCCAGGAAUUACUGGCGUCGGAAUAUUUACCUCCACCUCAGCUGGAGGAGGCUGAGCUCCAGGAGAUGGUCCGUCACACCCUGUCCAACAGCCAGAGCAAAGCGUAUAAAUACUUGGUAGCCUGUUGCUUCGCCCAGGAAGUCACCCCGGCCGAGGACAUCACCUACGACAUGAGCCUACCGGGUCGAGGAAUCGCGAGUUCCGUCUCCCUGAAGUCGCAGUUCCUUCAGGAAAGCGUCAAGCUGAAAGUCGUCGAGGUCUUUAGAAGACACGGAGGGGUCUGCAUCGCGACGCCUCUUUUGAUGCCGAAAUCUGGCCACGUUUACAGCCUCACUGAUUCCUGCGUCAGGCUCAUGACGAGAACGGGAAGCAUCGUCUCCAUUCCCCACGACCUCAGGGCGCCGUUCGCCAGAUACGUCGCCUGGAAUAAUAUUCCACACGUUAGGAGAUACGCCAUCGAACGCGUCUACAGGGAGAAGAAGGUACACGGAUUCCACCCGAGGGAGUUGUACGAGUGCGCUUUCGACAUCAUAAGCCCCAUGGCGAGCAACCUGAUGGCCGAGGCCGAACUCAUCUCCAUCGCCUGGGAGAUCUUCAACGAGAUUCCGCAGCUUCGCGAGCGGAACUUCACCGUCCGAAUAAAUCACACUUCCCUGCUUCAGGCGAUUUUGAUGUACUGUGGAAUCGAACGCGAAAAGUACCAAGACAUCUACUCGAUCCUCUGCGACGCUCGCGAUGGGAAGUUCUCGAAGUUCCAGGUGCAAACUCACCUGAUCAGCCUUUGUCUGACCGACCAGGCGAUGGAGGCGCUCUUCAACCUCUUCGACACCGAGAGCUCGAUAGAAAAGAUCGCCAGCGUCUUGAGGACGAUCACCAGGAGAAAGGGCGACGCCGCCGCCCUCGCCAGGGACGCCCUGAGAGAAAUGGAGGUGGUCAUCGCUAAUGCAGAAGCUCUGGGAGUCAAGUGGCCCAUGACCGUGGUGCCUCUCCUGGUGCACAACAUCCAGCAGCACAGCGGGGUGAUAUUCCAGAUAACGUGCGAGCUGAAGAGAAGGCGAAGGAGAGGCGGCCAGGAGGUGAUGGCAGCAGGAGGGAGAUACGACAAGAUGCUGACGUCCUUUCGCCAGGUCCUGGAGCGCACCGGGAUGGCCAACAAGGAGGUGAAGCAGUACGGUGUCGGGAUCAGCGUGUCCUUGGAUAAACUCGUCUGUGCGGUCGGCGAGUCGACGGACGUCAUUUACGGGGAUAGCAGUUUCAAGGUAGACGUGGCGGUUUGCUGCGUCGGUGGGACUCUGAAGAGGGAGAAGGAGAUGGCGGACGUCCUGAGGGAGCUUUGGGCUCUAGGGCUGAGAGUUACCUCCCUGGAUUUGUCAACCGUCGAGGAAAUUGUCGAGUACUGCAGGGAGAACGCCAUAAACCACAUGGUGAUGCUCCAGAGCGGGGAAAAGGGAGGCAGCCUCAGGGUGCAGUCCUGGGAGAGGGAGAAGGACCGAUUCCAGGAACGUAAAAUCAGUAUUCAGGACGUCGCCGAUUAUUUUCAGCGACAGCCCGACAACAACUCGUUGCCGAUACUCACCAGGUCGGAGAGCAAGGCCAGCACGAACAACGACCUCUCCUCCUCGAGCUAUCCGGCAAACGUAAAUGUUAAUUUUGUCAUAUCGGAAAGAGACAAACUCUCUGCGAGCAGCAGGAGGAGCCUGAAGAACACCAUGCUCGCGCAGAUGAUGUCCUACUUGCAGAGGAUCUCUCAUAAAGUCUCUGUCGAAGUGUUCGCCGUGUACUUGGACAUGACUGUGGUUCGCACUGUGAUCGGCUUCCUUGAUAUCGAUGAGGAGGAGCUGCUCUUCGAGAAGAGUAUACAAUUAAUUAUAGAUAAGCAUCCGAGGCAUAAAAAGUACAUUAAACAGAUCUGUGACGAGAUGCGCGAAGUUCGAAACGAGAAGCUACAUCCUGCUCUAGUUAUUUAUAGUCUAGUGGAUAACAAAUACAAGAUUUAUAUGUGAAACGUUUAUACCGAGUGUACAAAGGCUGAGGAAAAGAUAUAUUUUCGAUGUACCGAGUAUCCUGAAUGACUACGAUGUUUUUAUUCCAGGCUUACAUUGGUCUUUGACUAUCUUGCUGAUAACAUUUUAUAUGCAAUCAUUUUACAGAGGAAAAUAGAGAUUUUACGACCUAUUCUUCUGCCUGUGAUUUAUGUAUAUUGUAAACGUUACUUGUGUUGAUAAUUUGAAAUUGGCGCCACAUGACUAACAGGUGGCGGAAACAAGUGCUGCGCAGAAGAUUCUAGAAGGAUGUGUUGUGCGCAGUUCAAGGGCCCACCUUCCGUUUUUCAACCUUGAUCGCCACGUUUGACAUCAAUAACAGUAAUAAUAAUACUUGUUAAGUAAAGAUUAUAUCUUAACACGAAUUUAGAAAAUAAUCAGGAGCAAAGAUGAUCACGGAUAUGCAACUUGCGGUGUUUUCGAAUGUCCUCGGUGUGACGCUGUUCUUUCUGGUGUUUCUUUUCCAUUAUAUAAACGCAAAUUAUUCAAAAUGAACAAAUCCAGGUGUUUCACCGACCAAUGUACCUUUCGGUAUAAAUUUAUAUACCACUUCUGUUGACAUGAGGGAAUAUUAAUAAAAAUAAUUUAAGCUAUCG